AUAUCGACCGACAUGACUCAAUGUCAUCAUGGUCUGAUAGCAUGUUCUUGUUUGAUCACAUCCAGUUUAUUUUUAACAUAAUCCCAUACUAGAGAACAUCUCAUUUAGAGGUAGAUGGUUGUUAAGGUUAAGUUAUAUGUAUAUGGGAAACAUCUCAGUCUAUGAAAAUACUCAACUCUAUGAACCGAAUCCUCUAUAUUUUCUUCUCUUGAAAUGGACCAAGAUUUUUCUUAGAAUUAUUAAGUAAAGGUCAUAUGAAUGAAAUUCUUAUAUCAUGUUACAUUUGUUACCGGUCAAUGCGUUUUCAUUCGUAUUCUCUGUUCCCAGAAAAAAUUCGUUCAAGUGCCUUUUUUAAAUUAUAGUUCGUUUCAAAUCAUAAUAAUUCUUGUCAUAUACUACUUAUUUCAUGUGUAUGAGCACGUGUGUGUCUAUAAUUCAGUUCUUAUAUGUUCGUACAUACAUGUCACUAGUACAUGUUUACCCCAUUCAUCAUCUGUGUGCUCCUAGUCACAUGAUGUGUGUAUACGUAAGGAGGUAUGUGCGCAUAUGUAUCACGUAUUAUGUUUACCUUUCUAUUGUGUUCUAUUUUUGUAUAUGUGUGUUUCUGCACUCUCUAUCGAUCUGACCUUAAUUUAUUAUUAUUUUUUUCUUCAAAAAACUAAUUUGAGUACUCUUUCUUUCUACGGAGUACAGACACACCAGGACACACACACAAUUAUAUUUUAAUAUAUGUACUACAUCUCUGAAGGCACCGUCGAUAAUUAUUUGUAAAUUCUUCAAUUUACGAUCAUCAUUAUCAUUAUCAUCGUCUUCGGUUGUUUAUAAUAGUUAAGAUUGAUUACUUCUCUUUCUUCAUCUGAUGACAGUAUAUUUGUGUAUUAUUAUUGAUUUAAUCGUUUCCUUUCAUUGAUUACACUCCUGAUUACAAAUGUAUAUUCUUUACUAUAAAUAAUAAGUAUUAUUGUAGAUGGAUGAAUUCAAUAGGAGACCGUUUUGAUUUACUAUGAUUUCUUUACUUUCCCCAUUUCUGUUCAUUUGUUAAAAUCAUUUAGUUAAUGUCAACUCGUUUAAGUAUCAGUGAUACUAUGGAUUAUGAAGAUCGUUUAUGUAAGACAGUGGAGCAAUACAAAGCAUUAUUAAUAGAAAAAGAGAAAUUGGCUGAACAAUGUAAAAAUCUUCAGCAAGAAGUAUCAAAUUUACAAGACGAAAAGUCUCAUCAACAAUCUGAACUGAAUCGUUUUAAAACUUAUUUCAAUUCAUUGGGUUUAAAUCCAGCGAUAUUGGCAACAACAUCAAUUAAUUCAACAAGAAUUUCUCAAUCAUCUCCAACAUCUUCAGUAGUUACAGCUACAACAGGAGUUGAAUCAAUUGAAAGUGACUUAAAUUCAAUCAAUACAGAAUUGUUAAAUCAACCUGCUAGUUCAAUUUCAGCAAUUGCUUGUAGUAAUAAUCUUGUUAUGAGUCCAACCAUAGCUAAUUUACGGAUAAAUCAUUUGCAAAAUCAAUUAAGUAAAUUACGUGAUGAAUUGUAUAGAACUGAGUGUGAUAAAGAAGAAUUGAAAAUUCAACUAACCGAAAUCACUGCACAAAAUCUUGAAUUAAAACAAAAAUGUACCAUAUUAACAGCAAAAGCAGAAGAAAGUAUUCAUUUAAAAGAUGAAUUAGAUAUUGCUCGUGAAGAAGCAUCUAAUAUAUUACGUUUAUCUACAACUAUUGAACAAUUACGUAAACAUGCUGAUGAAGUAGUUAGUUUACGUUUACGUUGUUCACAAUUAGAAACUGAUAAUCAAAUUUGUGUACAACGUUUAACUGAAUUAGAACAAGAAACACGUUUAGAUGGGAAUAUACGAUCAAAAGUGAAAGCUCAAGCACGUUUACAAAUAGAAGACGCACAAUUCAUAGCAAAUGAAGCAAUAAAACGUGCUGAAUUAGCUGAAGAUAAUUUAUUAAAAAUUCGACAAGAAUUAAUUAAUGUAAAUCGUGAAAAAGAGUGUAUCUUCUCUGAACUUACUCGUCUUAAAUCUUGUUGUGAAGGUCUUCAAUCAUGUGCAAAAACAUCAAAUUAUGGUACAUCAGCAAUGGAAUCACAAAUGUUAAAUUUACAAGAAGAAUUAUGUCGUUUACGUACAUCAAUGUAUGUUAGUGGUGUGAAUAGUGAUAAUAGUAUGAAUGAAGUUGGCAGCGAUAUUACUAAUACUACUACUACGACGACGACAACAACAACAACGAUGACGACUGAUAUAUUAGAUAAUGACAUUGGUUUUGUUGAUAAGAAUAAUUACAAUACAUUCACUGUCAAUAAUAAUGAUUCUUCUAGUAUACAUAUUUUACAACCAUUAUCUACAAAUUCUUAUCCUAUUCAUAUUGAUAAAGACAUGUGUAAUCCAUCUGCCACUACAAUAUUCUAUACAAAUUUAAUGACAAAAUUAACUCAAAAAGAAACAGAUUUUAUUGAAAUGGAACAAAAAUAUCGUGGUUAUUUAUGGAAAGCACAUGAAGUAAUUCGAUUGUUAGAACGUCAAUAUCGACAACAUCAACAUGAUUGUCCAAAAUAUAAAGAGAAAAUAAUAAUUAAUAUGAAUAAUAAUAAUCAUAGUACUACUGAUGUUACUAAUACUGAUAAGAUAAAUGAAGAGAUUCAGUAUUUACGUGCAUUAUUAGUUGAAAAAGAACGUGUUAUUGAGAAAUUAGAGACUCAUCAUGAACAGAUAAGACGUCAUCGUGAAACUGAAGAACGUAUUCUUUUAACUGCAUGGUAUAAUUUAGUGAUUAAAUCAACUAAAAAUACCAUUGAAUCUAAUUUAAAACAAAAUUGUAAUAGUUCUGUUGAUAAAUUGAAUAAUUUUGUAUCAUCAUGUAAUACAGAAAAUAAUUUAUCAUUUUUAACUCGACAACGAAAUGUUCAUUUAAAACCACCAACUGAUUUAACAUCACUAGUUAUGGCAACAAAAUAGAAGUUGGUUAUUGUUGCUAUUGUUGUUGUUGUUGUUGUUUUUGUACCCAUAUACCUUGACUACUGAUUGUCACAUUACGUUUUUUCAUCCUUGUACAUUACAUUAGGAUUAAUGAUUGAAUUCUAUUUUCUGAGAUAUAUAAUGAAGUAUUUUGUUUCCCGCAUUUCAAUUUUUUAUUCUCCCCUCCUCCUCCUCCCCACUAAGUAAAAUUGUCUUACUUUGAAUGCAGCUAUUCUAUAAAUUCAUCAAAUAUUUUAUUUGGAUUUAAAUCCUACAUCGUGAUUAAUUGACACUUACUCCUUGAUUUUGAUCUGAUUGAUCAUUUUUUUGAAGUGAUCUUUUAGGUGUAAAUAAAAGAUGAUCACAAUCAUUAUCUAUUCAAUUACUUAUUACGGACUUAGUACUUUUGAUUCUGAGUUUAAUAUUGAUCCUAAAUUGGUUUCUCAAUUUAUAUUUACAUUAAUCAUUAUUCAUAUGAUGAAUGGAAUAAUCAAAUCGUUUCCAUUUAAACGAUUGUUUUCAUUUUUGCUAAUUUUACUAUUACAUUUUCAGAUUAUCUCUGAUCUGUUGAUCAAGUGUUUAAUUCAUUAUUGUAAUUAAUCAUUAAGAAUAUAUAUUUACUUACUUACUUACAUAUGCCAGUUACUCCUCAUGGAGGAGCAUACGCCGUCCAUCAGAAUUUCUCAUCGAACUUUGUUCUAGGCAAUUCAUUCUAGUUUUAAUAACAAGUGAUAUUUAUUCGAAAUGUACGAA